AUGGGAUCCAUUAUAGAGACUGUUGCCUCGGUCUGUCUCGUGUGGGCCGUCAUAGUGGUCGUUGUUCAAAGCAUUGGUAUUGCUGCAAUCUUUCGAUAUUUUUCUCGACCUUCACCACCUCCCGUCUCGUCCAAGUUGGGUCAGAAUGCUCCCACGGUCACGAUAAUUCGCCCAGUCAAGGGGCUCGAGCCAGGACUCUACGAAUGCAUCGCGUCGACGUUUCGGCAGGACUAUCCGGCCGAAAAAACAUCAAUUCGCUUAUGCGUAGAGGAUGAGACGGAUCCAGCGUAUCCGGUUCUCCAAAAGCUGGUCCAGGAUUUCCCCGCCUCCGAUGUUCAAAUUCUGGUCGAGUCUCAAGACCCAGUCUUGCAUGGUUCCAGAGGCCGUCCAGACAAUGUCGGCCCCAACCCCAAAGUUCGCAACAUCAGUCGAGCGUAUCGCGAAGCGAAGGGAGAGAUUGUUUGGAUAAUCGACUGCAACGUCUGGGUCGCAAGAGGUGUGCUCGGACGAAUGGUCGACAAGUUGAUGGGAUACGCAGCGCCUGGCUCAUUCGCCAAGCCCUACAAGUUCGUCCAUCAGAUGCCGCUGGUUGUCGACACAGUCGACUAUACUCUGCCGGAAACCGACGACAGUCUGGCCCUUCUGCCCUCUGCGUCGGAGGCACAAGCUGUUCCCGCCGUUCCCAAGACACCUUGCGGGGACAUCAUUACUAGGAUAUCUCGACACGGAGGAGGUCGCCUAGACGAGAUGUUUUUUGCCACAACGCACGUCAAGUUCUACGGCGCAAUCAACUCCGUUGGCAUCGCGCCUUGCAUUGUUGGCAAGAGCAACAUGUUCCGCAAGGUCCAUCUUGACCAGGUCACGAGAGCCUCGAGCAACCCCAUACUCCCCCAAGGCGAGAACAAACCGACCGGCGUCGACUACUUUUCCCACAAUAUAUGCGAGGACCACCUCAUCGGAGAUCUUCUCUGGCGGUCGCACAUUCCAGGUCACCUCAAUCACGGCAUCGUCUGGGGAGACCUGGUAAUCCAACCCAUGGCAGGCAUGUCCGUUGUAGCGUACGCAGCACGGCGAUGUCGGUGGUUGCGCGCCAGAAAGUUUACCGUUCUGGCAGCCACACUCGUGGAACCUGGCGUGGAAUCGUUUCUAUGCUGCGUGUACUUGGCGUUCGCCCUCACCACACUUCCCUGGUUCCACCACUACUUAUCGAUCCCGCAGACUUGGGGGAGCAUGUGCGCAAUCUGGCUGCUGGCCGUCGUGGCCUGGAUGUUUCUCGACUGGCGGACAUUUAAGCUGCUCCAUUCGGGCGUCAGCGUUCAGGUGGAUCGCGACAGUCCUCCAUUCGCCAGGGGAACCGCCAACAUGGCUGGAAUGUCUCGACGGAAGUUCUCGGAGUGGUUCUUGGCUUGGCUCGGACGAGAGGCACUGGCACUGCCUGUCUGGACCUGGGCUGUCCUGUGCGGAACGACGAUAAAUUGGCGAGGCAAGACAUUUCAGGUUAAUAUGGACACUUCGGUUGUGGAGCUUGAGGAUGGACAGGAACCGAGGAAGCCCUUGCGGACCCCCGAGUUGGAACGGGCGAGACAAUCGAGCAAAGACCGGUCGGACUAG